AUCCUGCAUCUUAACUUUACCAUGAACUAACUUGAAUUCGAAUUAAAAAAUAAAUGGGAUUUCAGGCAGACAUCCAGAUGCAGAUGAAUGGACUGUAGAUUAACUAGACUCUUAAAAUAAAUGCCAAUAUGUUUAGUAUUUACAAUAAAACUGUAAAGAGGAAGAAGGAACUAGAGUAGUUGGGAAUGAGCUGUAGAAGCCGCUGUGUACACACUUCAAAUCCGGGAGCUCAAACACACACACAGACGAGCGCGUGCACGCACUGUCACACUUUCACACACACAAACACAUCGACUGAGUUUGUUACAGGCGCCUUUCCACUCGAGGAAGCCACGGUGGAUUUACCGGAGCACGACACGGGAUAAAGCGCCGAGUGAAGAUGGCGUCAGUGACUGACUCGCGUCUUCAGCCAUCACAGAAAGAUGCUGCAGACCAAAACUUUGACUACAUGUUCAAACUCCUCAUCAUCGGAAACAGCAGCGUUGGUAAAACCAGCUUUCUGUUUCGAUACGCAGACGAUUCCUUCACUUCAGCCUUUGUCAGCACGGUGGGGAUCGACUUUAAGGUCAAAACUGUGUUUAGGAACAACAAGAGGAUUAAAUUACAAAUCUGGGACACGGCGGGACAGGAGCGCUACAGGACCAUCACCACAGCCUAUUACAGAGGUGCAAUGGGCUUCCUGCUCAUGUUCGACAUUACCAACCGGGACUCCUUCAGCGCUGUUCGGGACUGGGCCACGCAGAUCAAGACGUACUCGUGGGACAACGCUCAGGUGAUUCUGGUGGGAAACAAGUGUGAUCUGGAGGACGAGCGGCUCAUUCCUACUGAGGACAGCCAGAGACUCGCACACGAGCUCGGAUUCCAGUUUUUCGAGGCGAGCGCCAAAGACAGCAUCAACGUGAAGCAGGUGUUUGAGUGUCUGGUGGACGUGAUCUGUGACAAGAUGACCGAAAGCCUGGACGGAGACGCCGCCGUGUCCAACCAUAAAGACUGCAGUCUGCAGGACGCGGCUGAUGAAGGACACAGGGCCUGCGCCUGCUGAAAACACACCUACAAACCCUACAGAAAACACUGUGCAUUCCUCAUGCUAGCGCUGCUGUGGUUUGUUGAUGUGUACGGAGUAUCAUGAUGACGUGGAUUGGGCUCUGCGCUGGUGAUCUACGUGACACACCCGUCGCAAAACAACUCCACACACUGCAGGUUCAUUCACAGUUCUCACAUCUUUCCCUCUAACAGGCCUCCCUUUAAAGGUUCUUUUUGCAUGUGUUCCUUUUUUUUCAGCUCAUUAUUAUUGAGAUAAAUGUUGCAAGUUCUGAUGAGCUGAUGUGUGUUUACUCUUAGGAAAAAUCCUCUCAAGUGAAGCUUUCUGGAAGUUUUGAGAAUUUUUUUAAAGGGAUAGUUCACCCAACAAUGAAAUUUACUCACCAUUUAUUCAUCAUCAAGUGGUUCUAAAACUUUAUAAGUUUCUUUGUUCUGUUGAACACAAAAUAAGAUGUUUUUAAGAAUGUUGAAAACCUGUAACCAUUGACUUCCAUAGUAUGAUAAACAAAUACUGUGGAAGUCAGUAGUUAUACGUUUCAGCAUUUUUCAAAAUAUCUUCCUUUGUGUUUAGCAGAAAAGACACUGAAACAGGUUUUGAACUAGUGAAGAUUGAGUAAAUGAUGACAGAAUUUUCAGUUUUGGGUGAACGAUCCCUUUAAGUCUUUCUUCAUAUUUUAUUCUUGAUUUGAUUUUGACAAUAUCUUGUGCUUAUUAUAAAAUUGCAGAGGCAUUUUGCAUAAUAAAAUAAAAUAAAAUGGAAAUUGGUUGUAAUACAAAUAAAAGAAGUGUUUUUGCUCAUAAAUUGUUCAUUCUUUGCUAGUUUUUUAAAUAAUGUUGUCCUAAUUUGCUAUAAGGAGUUAACAACCUUUAUACACUCACUGGCCACUUUAUUAGGUACACCUUACUAGUAACGGGUUGGACACCCUUUUGCCUUCAGAACUGCCUUAAUCCUUCGUGGCAUACAUUCAACAAGGUACUGGAAAUAUUCCUCAGAGGUUUUGGUCCACAUUGACUUGAUAGCGUCACGCAGUUGCUGCAGAUUUGUCGGCUGCACAUGCAUAAUGCGAAUCUCCCAUUCCACCACAUCCCAAAGGUGCUCUAUUGGAUUGAGAUCUGGUGACUGGGGAGGCCAUUUGAGUACAUUGAACUUACUGACAUGUUAAAAAAAACUGUUCGUGCUUUGUGACUUGGCUCGUUAUCUUGCUGGAAGUAGCCAUCAGAAGAUGGGCACACUGUGGUCAUAAAGUAAUGGACAUGGUCAGCAACAAUACUCCGGUAGGCUGUGGUGUUGACACGAUGCUCAGUUGGUACUAAUGGCCUCAAAGUGUUCCAAGAAAAUAUCCCCCACACCAUGACACCACCACCACCAGCCUGAACCAUUGAUACAAGGCAGGAUGGAUCCUUGCUUUCAUGUUGUUGACGCCAAAUUCUGACCCUACCAUCCAAAUGUCUUAGCAGUAAUCGAGACUCAUCAGACCAGGCAACAUUUCUCCAAUCUUCUGUUGAGCCUGUGUAAAUUUAGCCUCAGUUUCCUGUUCUUAGCUGACAGGAGUGGCACCCGGUGUGUAUUCUGCUGCUGUAGCCCAUCUGCCUUAACGUUGGACGUGUUGUGCGUU